AUGGCGGGCAUUCAAUUUCCUGCCAAUGAGAAGGGGGACAGGUCCACAACCUCCUUCAAUAAGGAGGUCUUUAGUGCCAUGGCCAACAGCCUUGGAGCCAAGGACUUAGAAGACAAAAUCAAGUCAGAGAAGGAUUGGCGCCACAAGUACUCUGUUCACUUGGAUCAGGUCGUUGAGCGCACCCUGAAACUCCAGGACGCCUCUGCGCUUUCCGCGGUGCUUACGAAGGGCUUAGAGAAAGCGCGCUCUAUGGACUUCGAGAGUGGCUCCGUGGCGCCAGGCGCGCUCUCGCAGGCCAUGACGGCCAGUGCGGCGAAGUUCACCACCAGCAAGGUCGCAGGCUCCGGCUCUGUGGUGACCGAUCUGGUGGUGCCGUACAACGGGCACCAGCUGAAGGGCUCUGAGCUGGAAGGGCAGUGCGAUCAAUGGAGCAGCUACGGCACGAUGGAAGCUGACUGUGCCACUGCCAUCAAAAACGGCGCCAAGAAGCUGGGAGAAAUGAAAGGCCGGACGUUUCUGGUGCUAGGGGCUGGUUCCGAGCUGGGGCCUGUGCGGCCUUUGUUAGAGGCGGGUGCCACUGUGGCGGCGGUGGCCACCCGACGCCCCAAGCGCUGGGCGGAGCUCAUCGCCCUGGCGCGAAAGAGUGCUGGGACCCUGCUGCUGCCGGUGAGUCCCCAGAGCGGAGAGGUGAAGAACGACGAGGACCUGGCAGCAGUGGCGGGCGCGGAUUUGUUGACGGAGACGCCACAGAUUUUGGAGUGGCUGCUGCGCUGCGGCCGGGAGGCGACUGGAAAGGUGACCAUGGGAACGUAUUUGUACGCAGAUGGCGAGGCAAAUGUGCGUCUGACGGCCGCCUCAGAUUUCAUCGUGGAGGCUCUGAAAUCCUUGGGCAAAGACAAAGUGAGCUUCGCCUACCUGUCCAGCUGUUCUACCUCCACUGCCAUUCCAGCGGAGGCCAUUCAAGCGCAAGAGGCGAAUUUCAACACUGCCGGGCGAUGGGCCACCAUGUUUGGUGAACGACAGAACUGCAAGAAGCUGGAUGAUGGAACCUUCUUCCUAAGCGGCUUCGAAGUGCUUCAGGGGCCCAACUAUGCCCUAGCGCAGAUGAUGCGUCAAUGGCGAGCGGCACUUUUGCACAUGGAGGGCUUCACUGUCUCAGCGCCCAUGGCGCCCAUUUGCCGCACCGAGAGUGUGGUGCACAACGCCACCAUGGCGGUGCUGCUGGAGGGCAUUGCGCAUUUCCCUCCGCAGGAGAGCUACGAUGCGGAGACGGGGCGCAUGGCCAUGUUGGCCAUCCUCAUCUCGGAUCUCACGGAGCCAUCCCCCAAGUUGGCCUCUCCGCUCCAUGUGGUGACGCGUAAGGCGUUUCACUCGGGCAUUUGGCGCACGCCUUUUGUGAUGGCCAGCCUGGGAAAAACCACAUGGUUCUUAGGCAAAGUGGAGAGGGAAUACAUGGCAUCCAUUCUGGGUGCCUUGCAUGUGAUGGCCUGGGAGGCCCUGGAAGAGGCAUGCAUUGCGAAGGAUGAGUUUGCAGGCGAACAGCUUCAAGACAUUGGCAAGAAAUACUUGAAACGCCCGGGCCUUCCAACUCGGGUGCAGAUGGGGUGCUUGAGCAGCUGCUUGGGCCCCUGGUUGCCAGCAUUUCUGCAAGAACUCAAUGAGAUCCUGGAGCAGUUGAGGCGAAAGGUGACACCUGAAAAGGUGAAGAGCUUCCCCCAUGGCCUGCGGCCUGCGCGGCCACUCUUGCCUCAAUUUUCGUUUGGCCGCUGCCGCAAGAGCCGGCGCGGUCCUUCGUUAUCCUUCGCUCCUCGUGGUCCUUGUGCCAUGCGAAGUUGGCUCGUCCUGUGCUUCUUGCUGCCGGUGGAAGGGGAUUUCAAUUCCUGGUCCUUGGUGCUGCUGGAAGAUGCCUUAAAGGAAAAGGGUGCUGCUUGCUUAGAUGGAUCCCCACCAGGAUAUUUCAUUGAGAAAGGUUGGGGAAGCGGUGAGCAGAAAUGGAUAGUACACUUCUUGGGUAGUGGCUGGUGCCUUAGCCUUGAAGAUUGCCUGGCCCGGUCCAAGACCCCUCUGGGUAGCACAAAGAACUACAGCCACGACCCCAACGAAACCCAAAAGCAGAAGAUUUUGGAGAUGGGGGAUGGUGGCGUGCAUGGCUAUCUAUCCAAUCGCAGUGAGGUGAAUCCUGAUUUCUACAACUGGAACAAGGUCUUCGCCCUCUAUUGCGACGGUAGUAGCCGGAACUCGGAGGUGGAAGGAGCCGUUGCGGUUGGCAACGAGUCGAUCUACUUCAGGGGGCAUCGCAUUUUAGAGGCGACCAUUGCCAGCAUCAAAGAGAGGAUGGGACGUUCCCAAUCUGCCACCGAUUUCAUCGUGGGAGGCUGCUCUGCAGGUGGCCUCACAGUUUAUUUGCACUUGGAUUACAUCCGUAGGCUCAUGCCACAACACGUGCGCGUAGUUGGCCUGCCACAGUGUGGAAUGUUUAUGGACCAGCCGGAUUACACGGGCAAGCCGUCCUACACCCCUUUGUACGCCAAUAUUUUCAAUCUCAUGGGCAUGGUGAAGUCUCCAUCGUUGCACCAGGGAUGUGUUGAGAAAUAUCCGCAGGAACCUUGGAAAUGCUUCAUGGCUCAGUAUGUCAUGCCGUUCAUUCAGACGCCCUUCUUCGCCGUGAACUCCUUUUACGAUUCGUGGCAGUUUCAGGAGAUGCUGCACCUGCCGGGGGACUGUGCCUUCCAACAAAAGUGCAACCGAGACCAGCGCGCGAGUCAACACAACCUGCGCGACAUCAUGGUGAUGAACUUUACAAGCUCUGCCAAGAACCAGUCCUACUUUCUUUACAGCUGCGUUUCGCAUUGCCAGUACAUGAAUUUGGAUUAUGGCUGGCGGACUUUGAGUGUGUCAGGUGGUACUCUCCAAUCAGCCGUUCGCCAUUGGUACUUCCAGAAGUUGACCUUCCGUGGCGUGUCGAUCUUGGACGAGCCCAAUGAGAACCCCAGCUGCUACAAGGCGUCCACGGGGCUGAAGGGCAGAGCGAGAGAAGUCAUGGUGGUUUGA